GAACAAGAAGAAGAAGACCGGAAGACACACUUUCUAGUUCACGCCAUUGCGGAAACAAAUUAGCUGUUUACUGCUCGAGUCUAAAGGUACUAGAGAUGAAAAAACAAGACACAGAAGAGUCUGCCUCCCAGAGCAGUGAGGAAGCUCUACCCGGAAAAGAGGGGGCGGAGGUACCUGCAGCUGCAAAAGUCAACUUGGAUGGUGACAAACACAAGGAGUCUGAACAACAGACAGACACACCUCCACAAUGUGAUGAAGUGGGAAGUGAAGAUGCAGAGGUAGAACUGCCUAAUUGUGACAUGGCUGAGGAAUUGAGCAGGCAGUUGGAGGACAUUCUUAGCACCUACUGUCGUGAGAGCAUUUCUGAUGAUGCCAGCACCCUGCCUAAUGGCCAGUCGCACAGGCUGGAGCUCAAUGGCCUGGCCAAUGAGAGGGAGGAUGAAAAACCUGGGGAGGUCAAAGUCAAUGGAGCAAAUGAGAUGAAGAAGGAGCAGAAAAAGACUCAGGAGAAGAAGAAAGUAAAGGCUCUGGGCAAAGAGAUCACUCUUCUCAUGCAGACUCUGAAUACAUUGAGCACCCCAGAGGAAAAGCUUACAGGUCUUUGUAAAAAGUAUGCAGAGUUGCUGGAAGAGCACCGCAACACAGAAAAGCAGAUGCGUGUGCUGCAGAAGAAGCAGAACCAGCUGGUCCAAGAGAAAGACAACCUGAGGACAGAGCACAGCAAGGCAAUCCUGGCUCGCAGCAAACUGGAGAGUCUCUGCAGAGAGCUGCAGCGACACAACCGCACUCUCAAGGAGGAGGGAGUGCAAAGAACACGGCUAGAGGAGGAGAAAAGGAAAGAAGUGACUUCCCAUUUCCAGGUGACGCUGAACGACAUCCAAGCUCAGAUGGAGCAGCACAAUGAGAGAAAUGCCAGUCUUCGACAAGAGAACACCGAGCUGGCUGAAAAACUGAAAAAGCUUUAUGACCAGUAUAAACUACGAGAAGAGCACAUUGACAAAGUUGUGAAGCACAAAGACCUUCAGCAACAGCUGGUGGAUGCCAAGCUGCACCAGGCCCAGGAGCUUCUGAAGGAGUCCGAGGAGCGCCAUGACAGAGAGAAAGACUUUCUGCUGAAAGAAGCAGUAGAGUCACAAAGGAUGUGUGAGCUGAUGAAGCAGCAGGAAGUUCAUCUCAAACAACAGCUUUCAUUGUACACAGAGAAAUUUGAAGAGUUCCAGACAACAUUGUCAAAGAGCAAUGAGGUCUUCACUACAUUCAAACAGGAAAUGGAGAAGAUGACUAAAAAAAUUAAAAAGUUGGAGAAGGAGACAGCCAUAUAUCGGUCCAGAUGGGAGAGCAGCAAUAAGGCUCUUCUGGAGAUGUCAGAGGAGAAAUCUACGAGGGACCGGGAAUUUGAGGCACUUCAAGGUAAAGUCCAGCGCCUUGACAAGCUGCGGCGGGCUCUUAAAGUAGAACGCAACGAGCUCAACAAGAAGGUUCAGAAGCUUGGUGAUCCUCAAAGUGGCAUUGCAAAUGCCUCUGUGUCCAACCCAGGCACUGAAUCACCCUCUCCACCACUUACAGACUCUUUGCUGGAACUUACUAGCAACCCAGACACCCCACCCGACUCCCAGCCCUGCCACUGUGAUCCAGAACUAGACAUAGAUGCUUCAUUAGAAGGGGAAAAUUCACAGUCCAUAACUGUGCAGGAAUGAAGCAAUGCUGCUUACAGUCUCUUCCCUCCCCUCCAGCAUCAAGUCAGCAAACAGCACAGUCCCUGUCUGCAAACCACUACUUUCCCCUUGGUGAGCUGAUGUUAAACCAGUCCAGAGCAGAUGAAAUGUGUCCUACAAGCAUGCCUUGCAGGUUUUUAUAUGAUGAUAAGAAGGUUUGGUUGCACACCUUUCUUGAUGUUUGCUUUUUAAGUUGAUUCAUGAAUAAUUUCAUGUUAAUCCAGUGCUACAAAUGCUACGGGGUUUCUUUUGUAUAGGAAGAUAUAGAAAAUGGAAAGAAAUUAAGCAUAAGAUAUUUAAUGUUACAAAAAAAGUUAGGUGAGAAAUUAUCUUGCUCACGAUAGCUGCAAGAAUAUGUUUUGCAAGUGUAACUUACAAGACUGUGAUUGUCUCCUCCCAGCUCUUAUAUUUGCAGUAGCUUCUAAACAAGUUUACUUGAAGAAUGUUCAAGGAAAUCUAUGCAACACUUGGCUCUUGUUUUGUUUUCUUUAUGUGGCAGUCUGAAUUGACAAGCUCUUAGCUGAGAACAUAUAUUCAUUAUAUCCACUGUCCUACAUGAAUGUAUCGCAUAAACAGACAGUUGUAGUUUUGCUUGGGCUUUGACCCUGUCUUUGAGUCUCAGUCGCUGUUUGGCAUUUAACUUAAUAUUGUGCAUUUCUCUUCUGAUUUGAGGUGAGUUGGAAUAAAGAAGGGAAUUUAAAGAUGUAUUGUUGGACCACUGAAUUGUAGUUUAUCUCCCAAAACUGCUAAUUUCUCCCCAGACAUUCCUAGAAACCACUUAAUACAUAGCAUAAUUCAUGGAAUACUUUCCAAUUUAGGUGAAAAUGGAAAAUCUUACUGUCUUCCAUUUAAUGACUGGACAGAUUCACAAAUGAAUUGUACCUCUGUGGAUAUGAAGGUUCACUGACCAUGUGAAGUAACCAAAUGUUGUCUGUUGCAGAAUUUAUCUGGUCUUGUAUAUUUUGUUUUAUUGUUAAAUAAAAGAUUAGUCAGUUAA